AUGGACACUGUCAAUGUUCAUGAUGUGGGUAUUGAUACACCCAAAGUGAAAGUUACAAAUAGAUUUCAUUGGGAUCCUCAUACAUUCAAAGUAUUUCUUAAGGAAUGUAUGACCGGGCUAAAAAAUGGGAAUAGAUCGGGUAUUUAUUUCAAUAAGUCUGCAUGCGAAAAUAUAUGUAAGAGGCUUUUGGAACGAACCGGUAAAGAUUUGGAUAGACAUCAAAUGAAAAACAAAUGGGACAUUAUGCUGAAAGAGUUCAAAUAUUAUGACCGUUUAACAAGACUAGAAACGGGAAUUUCAACUGAUCCCGUGAGAAAUAUAAUCUCAGCAUCAAAGGAAUGGUGGGAUGAGAAAAUAAAGGAAGAUAAAGAGGACGGUAGCACUCCGGAUGAUGUACAGUUUGUGGAUAUUACGGAUGGAAAAGAGGAUACUAACGAAGUCCGCUUAUUUGAUGAUGUUGAUCAUUUUCUCACAUAUGAUAGUUCUAGUAAGAAAAGGAGGGGAAAGAAGUUAACUCCCAGGCGUGACAACAAAAGAAAAUUUGAAGGAAAAAAUGACGGAAUAAGUGAAGGAAAAAGUAUGGCAAACUCGUCAUAUGAAGAGAAACUGGACACUGUUUUUGAUGUUUUGUUAACAAGGAGCACUCAGCCCUCAAGACAAACCACACAGUCACCGACAACAGAAGAGUGCAUGGCAAUUGUGUCUACUUUUCCGGGUUUUGAAGAAGGCUCAAUAGGAUAUUUAGAAGCAUUAGACGUCUUUUUAAAGAAGCCAGCUCGUCAGAAUUUUAUGGUUCCAAAGACUAAUGUAACAAAGAUGGAGUUUCUCAAGAGGCUUAUAGAGAAAGAGAAGUAG